AAAAGUAAAUCAACGUUCAGUCUUGGCCAGUCCGUCGACCAUUUAUGACGUGUUUCUUUCAAUAGAUGCGCACCUCGCGUACUUAGCCGGCAUUUUCCGACCCGAACCAUUCUGCAUACAAGUGUGUGAAGUCUCGACAAGCUCUUCUCCUAGCUGCUUGUGCGUACAUAUGAAGAGAGGUGAAAUCCAAGGGAUGACGAUAAUUGUCUAACCUGUUCUAAUCGAGUAGUGUGGUAUUUUUGUGGGAAAGUUCAAACAAUCUAAGUGGCUUGAAUCUUUCAUAUUUUGAGUGUGCACCAUCUCCACGUUCUGUACGAGAAUAAUCAUUGUGUCAGAAGAAUACGAUAGUGUUUAUCUGCAAUUAAAAAUUCGAUUUCGCAUACUGAACAUCGUGUGUGCUUUAAAACCUGUUCUAUUGAAGUUUGUAUAACGGACCAGUCAUUUUAAAGGAUUUGAACAAAAUGUUACUGCGAAAUGGCAUAUGCUUAAUUUUGCUGCUAAUGUGUGUGCUUUCGACGCUGCAAGCUGCGCCCAAUGGUCACCAGAGCGACAGCAGUGCCGAGCUGGUGACGAUGAAAGGAAAUGAGAACGAAACAGUCAAAACGGCUAAAUCAUUAACGGCCGUCAGUAGGACCAAGAAAUCCAACCUCAAGUCGACACCAAUUACCUACAUCACUACGCUAGCUGACGCAGCCCAUCAGCACCACGUAAAACUGGCACCGAAGAAGUACAACAAACCGAUGGCGAAAGCUCGUGAUGACAAAGAGCUGCAGCAGCACAAGAAAGUCAAAGGCAAGCAUCAUCACUCGGAAAAGUCCGCCGGAAAGUCUCUGGCGGUGAUGCCGAAAAAGGAAUCUUUGAAUAAUCCAGCACUGCUCAGCAAAUUGGGUCUCGGUAAGCUGCACGUCUCCUCUAGCCACCACAAGAAGCGAUUAGCGGUUGAGUCCCGCCACCACGGUCGACCCGAUGACUCACAUAUGUUCGUGAUCAAGCUGCCACCGAAUCCCUACUACUACACCAACAAUGGACCGGUUCCGGCGCCGAACGCGAUCGAGGAUGUAGGCAAAAAGGUCCCAGUGGGUUUCAAGUCAAACGGAAAGCCCGGUCGCAUCUAUCAUUGGAAUAUCCCCGUACUGAAGAAAAUCCUCGGAAACAAUCAAGGACGAAACCCUAAUUCGCGCCAUCAUGACAACAUUGACGAGCUGAUCGACAUUAAGGAUAUUCCAACGUGGAGUAAACCAUGGGAGAAUGAAGCGUUGGAUAAAUCGUUAAUCAAAUUCAGCGCUGCAGACCAUGCGGAGAAACUUCAGAAGAAGAAAUCUCCGACGUAUUACGCACCUAUCAAGGCCAAGAAAAGUGCUCAUGGAAAGAUCUAUGCAAGCAAUGGCAAACCACAGAGCUUCUACGUGAUUGAGAAGAGCCUCCAAAAAAAUCUGAAACCCAUUCAACAUCACAAACUGAUUCCGUAAGAGGAAUUACACCGAUAACGAUCUUCUUGCCAGUUUGUCGAGUAGUAGAGGAUGGAGAAUAGGUAGUAAAUAAGGGAGGUUAAAUCGUGUAACUUGAAGCUCACUGCGAGCAUAUAAAACAACGUACACACACAUUGAGCUUUAUGAAUAAUACAAGAGAGCUUUUCUGUAGAAGAAAAGGCGUUACGAGGUCUUUGGUUGGUGUCUUUGGUGAUCGUUCAUCGAGUCGUUCGUGAGAUUGAUCGAUUUCGAUGGAAUAGUUGCAAAGACAGCAACCGAAAUGGUCAUUUUUCGGAUCAUAUUUAUUUUUAUCUCAGCUAAAUCUGGGUAUUAACGAACGAAAUAAAUGCGCACAUUUUUAAUAUUAAUAACAAAUAAUUUUAAGGUUAUAUAUAGAUAGCUAGGCGUAGAUCUUUAAUCGAAAGCAAUUGAAAGACUAAAAUUUUUAUGGUAGUAUUUAAGGGAAAUGUAAAAUACAUACAAAAUAUUGACGAUAACGAUAAGAAUUAUCAUCGCUUCUACGGAACUUAACAAGAUUUUGGACUUCCAUUUCUCUAAUGUUUAGAUACUGCAAGACCGGUUCCAAGUGCAUCAUUCCAAUUCAGUGAUAAAUUUUGUAAAAAUAUAUCUCGUAACAAAACGUCUUUACACGUUUCAUAAUAAAUACAUUUUUAAAAUA